AUGCCCAAGCAGGUCACUCCCGCUCUCUUCCCUCACCUUGCUGCCAAGAUAGAUCAGGUAAUUUUCUCGGUGUGGAAAGAUACUACCCUCGCCGGCUACCAGGAUGGGGUGGACCAGUUUAUCGCUUUCUGCACGUGCAACAGCAUUCACUCCAGUCUCUACCUCCCUGCAAAUGAAUUUCUCCUCUGCUCAUUUGCUGCGUUCGAAUCAGGCUCACGCUCCAGCGGGGCAAUCACAAAUGACAUGUCAGGCAUUAGAGCUUGGCACAUUCUGAACAAUGUGCCCUACUUUGGGGGCAUUCGCCUCUCAUAUGUUAUCAAGGGCGCCCACAGUAACACUCCCACAAACUCUAAGUGCCCUCCUCGCCCUCCAGUAACCACUCAAAUGCUCAAUCUCCUCCACUCCCACCUAGAUCCGUCAAACCACCUCGACACUGCUUGCCUCGCUGUCAGCGAUUGCGCUCUUUGGGGCCAGGCCUGUCUAGGCGAAUUCCUACCCAAAUCCCAAGGGAAAUUCUCCGCUCGCUUCUUCCCUGUGGUUCUAAAUCUGAGACCUACCUCGUCCUCUGGCCUUUCUCAAAUUCCUCGCUCACUGCAACUCAAUUUGGUCAUCCCAUGGUUUCCCGCCAUUUCUGGCCACUCGUUUUGCAUCGGUGGGACCACAGAACUCCUCCUUUGUGGGGUACCCCCACACAUCAUCAAAACCCUUGGUCGCUGGUCGUCAGAUGCCUUCCUACUCUACUGGUGCUGCCUCAAAGAGAUCGCCCCCCUUCACACAGAGCUUCUUGGCCCUCGUAUAUCCUCGAUCUCCUCUUCCUAA